UUUGGCUGAAUCAAAUAAAGCAAACACAGAGAAUCAGAGAGAGAUAUAUAUAUAUAUAUAUAUACACAUAUUAAUCUUGGAAUAUGGGGACAGGGAGUGGAAGCGAGGUGAAGCAGGAAGGGUCGGACGAGCAGCAGAAGAGGUCGGAGAUCUACACAUACGAGGCCCCGUGGCACAUCUACGCCAUGAACUGGAGCGUCCGACGAGACAAGAAGUACCGCCUCGCCAUUGCCAGCCUUCUCGAGCAGCUGCCCAACCGCCUCGAGAUUGUUCAGCUCGACGAUUCCACCGGCGAGAUUCGCUCCGACCCCGCCCUCUCCUUCGAGCACCCUUACCCUCCCACUAAGACCAUCUUCAUUCCCGACAAGGAGUGCCAGAAGCCCGACCUCCUCGCCACUUCCAGCGACUUCUUGAGGCUCUGGAGGAUUCACGAUGACGAUUCUGAUGCGCACCUCGGGAAUGGGAAUGGAGACGAAUACAACACCAACACCAACAGCGGCGGCUCCCGCGUCCGCCUCCUCUCCCUCCUCAACGGCAACAAGAACAGCGAGUUCUGCGGGCCCCUCACCUCCUUCGACUGGAACGAGGCGGAGCCGAGGCGCAUCGGCACCUCCAGCAUCGACACCACCUGCACCAUCUGGGACAUCGAGAGGGAGGCCGUCGACACUCAGCUCAUCGCCCACGACAAGGAGGUCUACGACAUUGCCUGGGGCGGCGUCGGCGUCUUCGCCUCCGUCUCCGCCGACGGCUCCGUCAGGGUCUUCGACCUCCGAGACAAGGAGCACUCCACCAUCAUCUACGAGAGCUCCGACCCCGACACCCCACUCGUUCGCCUCGGCUGGAACAAGCAGGACCCCCGCUACAUGGCCACCAUCAUCAUGGACACCGCCAAGGUCGUCGUCCUCGACAUCCGCUUCCCCACGCUCCCGGUGGUCGAGCUGCAGCGCCACCAGGCCUCCGUCAACGCCAUCGCCUGGGCCCCACAUAGCUCCUGCCACAUCUGCACCGCCGGAGACGACUCCCAGGCGCUCAUCUGGGACCUCUCCUCCAUGGGCCAGCCCCUCGACGGCGGCCUCGACCCCAUCCUCGCCUACACCGCCGGCGCCGAGAUCGAGCAGCUCCAGUGGUCCUCCUCCCAGCCCGACUGGGUCGCCAUCGCCUUCUCCUCCAAGCUCCAGAUACUCAGGGUAUGACAGGCCACCUCUUCCCUCUCUUUGAACAGCACUAGCAGCAACCAAUUUGCCAAUGCCAGGGACUCUCAAUUCUUCAAUGUCUAUCAGCUAUGCAUUUCGCUGUCCUUUUGCUUUCUUUACCAUGUCUUUAACUUUUUAACUUUUAGGAUGUUCCACUGUUGACUCUCUUCUCUUGGUAUAAUGCAAGUGCUUGAGUUCUUGUAGUGAUGAUGAUGGCUAGUGAAUGGAUAUCUUCGGUUCUUAAAAUCUAGGCUCUUUUUUU